UUUCAUAUUACCUGAGCAGGUACAGAGAAGGAUAGAGCCUGCACAGAGGAAAGAGUACCAGUCAUGGAUUGCUCAGAUGAUAAAACACACAGUGAAGGAUGCAUUGGAUCCAUCAUGAAACAACUGACAUCCACAAAGUUUUUUCUUUAUCUCAGUUAUGCUCUUUCCACCUGGGGAGAUCGGAUGUGGCAUUUCGCAGUAUCAGUCUUUUUGGUUGAACUUUAUGGUCACAGCUUAUUGUUAACUGCUGUCUAUGGGUUUGUAGUUUCUGGCUCUAUCCUUCUGCUGGGGGCUGUCAUAGGAGACUGGGUGGACAAAAAUGAAAGAAUUAAAGCUGCUAGGACAUCACUGGUCAUACAGAAUAUCUCUAUCAUGUUCUGUGGGAUAAUCCUAAUGAUGGUUUUUAGAUACAAGGAUCAAGUUACAACACAACACAAAUGGCUCUUGACAGUUUGCUACAUCUUGGUGAUCCUUAUUGCAACCAUUGCAAACAUUGGAAGUACUGCCACUGGCAUCAUCAUUGAAAGAGACUGGAUAGUAGUGUUAUCAGGUGGUGAUAAGUACACCCUAGCAGGUAUGAAUGCUACUAUUCGAAGAAUUGAUCAAGUAACCAAUAUAUUAGCACCAAUGGCAGUUGGACAGAUAAUGACCUUUGCCUCACUAGAGACUGGCUGUGGGUUUGUUUCUGCUUGGAACCUGAUGUCAGUCUGUGCUGAAUACUUUUUAUUAAGGAAAUUGUAUGACAUGACUCCGGAGUUAGCCAGCAAAACACCUCAGCAGGAAGAAAACAUGGAAAUGAAACAAAGAAAUGUGCAAGAAUAUGAGAGUUGUGAAUUAAUGCUGGAGAAUGAAAAAUCAGUUGAAUUGGAAAGUACUGUAAUGGAUAAAGUUCCAGAUGUGCCUUAUUCUAAAAAGACAAACAGAACCAGUUGUGCUUCUGAAUGUGUCAAACCUUUUAAGACUUUUCAAGAUGGAUGGAUUCUGUAUUACAAGCAACCAUUUUUUCUUGCUGGACUGGCUCUUUCAUUCCUUUACAUGACAGUUUUGGGUUUUGACUCAGUUACAGUUGGGUAUGCUUACACACAAGGUCUGAGCAGCUCAGUACUCAGUAUCUUAACUGGAGUAUCAGCCAUUGUAGGCAUACUUGGAACUAUGGCAUUCACAUGGUUCCAGAAGAGAUGUGGUUUAAUACAGACAGGCGGAAUCUCUGGGAUUGGACAACUCUCUAGUUUAACAUUAUGUGUAGUAUCUGUUUUUAUGCCUGGAGGUUCACUCAAUCUGUUCAAUACUUCAUAUGCAAAUGUAAGCAACAAUGAAAUUAUUGAAGAAUAUUCUAUAUCUACAUAUGUACCAUAUACCGUAUUGUUAGAAGCAAAUAUAACAGAAAACUCUUCCAGUGUAUCUUCAGUAUCCAUGAAAGAAGAUCUCUCCUCCGUAAUCCUGUUGUUCACUGGUGUCAUUGCUUCACGAGCUGGUCUCUGGUCUUUUGAUUUAACUGUCACUCAGCUGAUUCAAGAGAAUGCAAAGGAGUCAGAAAGAGGCAUUAUAAAUGGUGUUCAGGAUUCUAUGAACUGUCUUCUGGACAUGCUCCAUUUUGUUAUGGUAAUUAUGGCUCCAAAUCCAGAAUCAUUUGGUCUGCUUGUGCUGAUUUCAGUCUCAUUUGUUGCUAUGGGACAUAUGCUGUAUUACUGUUAUGCAUACAAAACACUUGGUAAACAUCUGUAUAAUUUAUGCCAAUUUUAAGUAUUUAUCAAAGUAAGGAUUAUAACACUCAAUCAAUAAAAUUAUGUGUGUGUUUAUU